AGGUAACUCUUGAAUUUGGAGCAAGUUUUCGAUUGAUAGUUGAAGCGUUUCGGACGUGCGGAGUAUGACAAACGAAGACCGGAGAGGAGAUCAAGAUGGCAAUAGGAGCGGAGGAGGAGAUCGGGACCGUGACAGGGACCGUGAUCGGUAUCGUGACCACGAUCGGAACCGAGAUCAAGACCGUGGGCGGGAGCCGAGCAGCGAUCGUGAUCGAGAACGUGAGCGGGGACAAAGGUGUGGACCACCUCGAUGUUUUCGAUGCCAACGAGUUGGGCAUUACGCAAACCAGUGUAGCUGGUUUGAUGCUCCUACGGCAUCAGGGGACUCCCAACGAGCAAGGUCGUCAUCUCCAAGGCGUGGAUAUCAAGGGCGGUCCUCCUCAUCCGGAGAGUCACGCCAUACACCUGAGUUGGAGAAACUGGAACGGAACGUGGCGAGUUUGCAGGAAUAUGUUCAGCUAGAACGUGCGAAGAAGGAGGAGAAGGAAGCCAAGAAGAAGGCAAAAGCCCUUGCCAAGCAGCGUGAGGAAGAGGAGAGACUUGAGCGAGAGAGAAGCAUCGCCAAGAGGAUCGAAAAGAAGAAGCGUGCUGAAGAAAAACAGUUGGAACUUGCCAAGAGUGUCGACAUCCAAUUGGACGUCGGUAUCGAGUAUCGCGGAAAAAUGCAUGCGAUUUUUGACAUCGCAGAUCAGAAGGCCGGGGUGGCAUAUGGAUCGGAGCAAGAGGCUGGAGCGGAGGUGCAGGAGGCUGUUGGAGAAGGCGUGAAUACGGGAAGUGAUAGCGGUGGAGAAGAGGAGGUAACUACGGUUCCUAACCACGAGUAAGGGUGCGCAACUCUGCGGCGUCAAUACCAUU